ACACAGGGUGUAUCUUGUACGAGAAACAUGCACUCGUUUCUUUUUCCUCUCAUUUCUUCACUUUUUCUUUUCUGUGUUUUCUCCAUUGACGAGGCGUCCAAGAAAAGAAAAGUUGACAUAGAGAGAAAAUUAAGCUUCAACAGGGGUGAAGGGAAGAUGGGUGUGCCUUGUUUUUACAGUUGGUUGGUGAAUAAGUACCCCAACAUCCGAGUGAAAGCCAUAGAAGAGCUUGGAGAUGUUAUAGACUGGAGCUCUCCAAAUCCAAAUGGGAUCGAGUUCGAUAACCUGUAUCUGGAUAUGAAUUCAAUCAUCUACCCCUGUUUUGGUCCUCAUGAUACUCUUUCACAGGUGUUUAACAACAUUUGUGAGGACGUUGAUCUUCUUUUCAGCAUUGUGAGACCUCGCAAGCUUCUGUACUUGGCCAUUGAUGGAGUAGCUCCUCGAGCCAAGACGUUUCUGCAAAGGUCUGUCAAAUUUAGUGCGGCUAAGUUAGCUGAACUUAUCGAGGAAGAAAAAGACAGAUUAAGGGAUGAAUUUGAAAGGGAAGGGAAACGAGUUCUUCCAAAAGGGAAAAUUGAGCUAUAUACCUCAAAUAUCAACCCAGGGACGAAAUUUAUGCAUAUAUUGUCCAGCAGGCUCAAAGGCUAUAUUCAAUUAAGGAUGAACAAUGAUCCGGACUGGAAGGAUAUUCAGGUUAUUCUUUCUGAUGUAAAUGUUCCUGGUGAAGGGGAACAUAAGAUAAUGAAUUUUAUACGAAUCCAACGUAGUCUUCCUGGCUACAAUUGCAACACAAAGCACUGCCUUUAUGGUCCAGAUGCAGACCUUAUAAUGCUUGCUUUAGCAACACAUGAAGUCCACAUUUCAAUUCUAAGGGAGGAUUUUAUCAGUCAAAAACAUCAAGCAAUCUUCCAAUCAGCCCCAGAAACAAUUUCUCAAGCAGCAGAAUCAUCUCUUCCAGAAUCAAGAGAUAACGAGGAAUGUGAAUCAUCUAACAGCACUGAGGUUAAAAAGCCUUUUGAGUUUUUACAUAUUUGGAUCCUAAGAAAGUACUUAGAGCUUGAAAUGAACAUAUCAGAUCAACCUCAAACUGCUAGGAUGGAUCCUGAACAAUUACUUGAUGUGGAGCUGGAAUUGAACAGAAGAAAAUCAGACCCUCCAAAAACUCUUAAGAUGGAUCUUGAACAAAUCAUUGAUGAUUUUAUAUUUAUGUGCUUUUUUGUGGGAAAUGAUUUUCUGCCAAAGAUGCCAACCCUGGAAGUUCGUGAGGGCUGUAUAGAUUUGUUAAUUUAUGUUUACAAGAAUCAUUUCACUGAGCUUGGUGGAUAUUUGGUUGAUAUGCAGAGGGUUGGAGACAUUAAUUUAGGAUUCAUCAACUUAGAGAGAGUUGAAAAGUUUAUUAUUAUGGUUGGAACUUAUGAGGAAAAAAUUUUCAAGAAAAGAUCAGACCUGCAUGUACACAAAGUUCGGAGACUUCUUGAAUGUGCAGAGAGAGACAGCAGGGAAAAUGUAUGUUCCCAGUCUAAUAGCAGCAGCUCUUCUCCCCCUUCCAAUGGAAAAUCCCCAACUUCCUUAGCUGAGGCAGCUGUCUCAGAUGGAAAUGCAACGUCUUCAAGCAGAAUGUGCCACAGUUUACCUGAUGAUGAAAACGAAAUUUUGAGAAACACUCAAGACUUGAAAGAGAAGUCAGAGCAAAAUGUUGAGAAAAGAUUUGAUCUUCUGAAUGAUAGUUAUCUGGAAUCAGACAAAGUAAAAUUGGGCUUUCCUGGCUGGAGAGAAAGAUAUUACAAAGAAAAGUUUUCUGCUGAAACCCCAGAUAAGAUUGAAACCAUUAGAAAAGAAAUUGUUCACGAGUACACCGAGGGACUGAUAUGGCUACUUCUAUACUAUUUCUCUGAAGUACCAUCGUGGUCCUGGUUUUAUCCAUAUCACUAUGGUCCCUUUGCAUCAGACCUGAAGGGGCUUGCACAAGUCAAAGUCAAGUUCGGGAAAGGUCGUCCUUUUAAGCCCUUUGAACAGCUCUUGGGAAUCUUGUCACCAAUAAGUGCUCAUCUCCUUCCAAAACCUUUUGCAAGACUCAUGAAAGAUGAGAAUUCGAGCAUAAUUGACUUCUACCCCAAUGAUUUUGAAAUUGAUACAGAUGGAAAGCGCUUUGCAUGGCAGGGAAUAUGCAAGCUUCCGUUCAUAGAUGAAGAGCGCCUUUUGUCUGAGACCAGAAGACUAGAGAAGGAAUUGACGAAGGAUGAAGAAGAAAGAAAUUCAGAAAAAGUUGAUCUACUCUUUGUGGGGAGAUCAAGCAAUUCUGCAUUUCAAAUCCCAAACUUGGUCUCCAGGGACCAAAAUGAAAUGAUGAAAGUAGAUGCCACUUUGAGUGGUGGAAUUGGUGGAUUCAUAAGAAUAUGUGAUGAUGAUUUUUCUAAGGUCAAUUCUUCACAUCUGGAAGAAAUGAACAUCAUAGUUCUGUGGUUUAAGCUUCCUACUGAAUGCUUGCAUCUUCCUCGUCCUCUAGAAGGGGUGCAAUAUCCAGAAAUGAACACAACUGAACUUUUGAUAGAAGUAACUCCGCUGUGGCAUGAAUGCUUUCGAAGGAAGCCCUAUACCCGAACAUCAAGCCAGGAAACAUAUAGAAGAGCAAAUGGUAGCUCAAAUUUUGCUUGGAGCUCUAGUUCUAGUUUGGUUCAAAAUCGCAGGACCAAGAUGUUCACAUCAGACAAGAGCCCUGAGAUUCAUAAGUUUGCUGGAUCAGGGUGGGGGGGUUCAGGUAGGGGAAGAACUGAUCCCAACUUCGGAGAACAAACAGGACAGCAUUCCCCAAGAAUGCAUGUCAGGGGUCCAGCUAUUGGUGGAGGUCCAAACUGGGAUCCUCAAAAUCCAAAUGCUCACCCUUCUAAGCCAAGUAGUGAGGGAACUUUAAACAAUCAUGCAGAUGAGUCGAAAGUAGGCAGCGGUAUGGAGCAGCUGAAAGUAGAAGAGUCAAGCUACAGCUUCAGGCCGAAUUUUGGACAAGGUCAUUUAGCAUUGAGAAAUGUUGUCUCAUCGGCAGCAGCUGGCUCAAAACAGAGACUGCAGUUUACUCAGAAGCAGGUCUUACAAGGAAAUGAAAAUCCAUCCAGUGACAGUAUGGGACGAGGUCAGUGGGACAAAGAAGAUGAUUGCAAUCGAAGAAGAAACAAAACUAAUUCUUUCUUUGGAAACCACUGCCCGUGGUAGUUACGGUUGGAAGUAAAUAAGCAUCAGAUUUUGUUUCUAGAAAUAUACGAAUAUGAAGUUGAACUGCACAAAACACUAACCAUUGGCUGGGGUGGACUCAUAAUGUUGAGAGUCCUUCCCCAUUCAAUGACUAUAUUUUACCAUCUGGUUCAUAAAACAGGAAAUCACAUAUUAUGUAUGGAAGUAUGUACAUGUAUAUGUUUAACGUGUCUGUAUAUCAUGUGUGAAGUUAAGUAUGUAUUUUAUAAUAAGUUUGAGUGUGUUUU